AUGAUCGAAACCACAUGGGAAGACAAUUCGUGGAUGUUGGAUAAUGUUCUUGGUCUUCUCAAAAUUCGUAUCAAAAGAGGAAUUGAUAUUGCCAUUCGUGAUACUAAUUCCAGCGACCCUUAUGUUGUUGUCAACAUGGCUGGUGAUCUGCAGAAGCUGAGGACUCGUGUUGUGAAAAACAAUUGCAACCCUGUGUGGAAUGAAGAACUAACCCUUUCAAUAAGAAAUGUUCAUACUCCAAUACAUCUGACAGUUUUUGACAAAGACACUUUCUCUAUUGAUGACAAAGUGGGUGAUGCAGAGAUAGACUUGAAACCAUAUGCUGAAGCAGUACAAAUGAGGUUGGAUAGUCUUCCAGAUGGUUAUGUACUCAAAAAGGUUCAAGUAAAUAGGACUAAUUGUCUUGCUGAAGAGAGUAGCUGUGUUUGGAAAGAUGGGAAAGUAGUUCAAGAAAUGAUUCUAAGAUUGAGAAAUGUUGAGAGUGGUGAAUUGUUUGUGGAAAUUGAAUGGGUGGAUAUUCCUGGUUGUAGAGGUCUAUUAGCCUAG